CUUUUAGCUUUUGUAAGUUACACGUCAAAAUGGCCGAUCUGACAUCGGCGCUCACUUCUGUUAUGUUUUCUCCCUCUAGUAAAAUGUUUAUCGGUGGACUGAGCUGGCAGACCUCACCAGAUAGCCUUAGAGACUAUUUUAGCAAAUUUGGAGAAAUUAGAGAAUGUAUGGUGAUGAGAGACCCCACUACGAAACGCUCCAGAGGCUUCGGUUUCGUCACGUUUGCAGACCCAGCAAGUGUAGAUAAAGUGUUAGGUCAGCCCCACCAUGAGUUAGAUUCCAAGACGAUUGACCCCAAAGUUGCAUUUCCUCGUCGAGCACAACCCAAGAUGGUCACAAGAACAAAGAAAAUAUUUGUAGGCGGGUUAUCUGCAAACACGGUAGUGGAAGAUGUAAAGCAAUAUUUCGAGCAGUUUGGCAAGGUGGAAGAUGCGAUGCUGAUGUUUGACAAGACCACCAACAGGCACAGAGGGUUUGGCUUUGUCACUUUUGAGAAUGAAGAUGUUGUGGAGAAAGUCUGUGAGAUUCAUUUCCAUGAAAUCAAUAAUAAAAUGGUAGAAUGUAAGAAAGCUCAGCCGAAGGAAGUCAUGUUCCCACCUGGGACAAGAGGCCGGGCCCGAGGACUGCCUUACACCAUGGAUGCGUUCAUGCUGGGCAUGGGCAUGCUGGGCUACCCCAACUUUGUGGCAACCUACGGCCGCGGCUACCCUGGAUUUGCUCCCAGCUAUGGCUAUCAGUUCCCAGGCUUCCCAGCAGCAGCCUACGGACCAGUGGCGGCGGCGGCAGUGGCAGCAGCCAGAGGAUCAGGCUCCAACCCGGCGCGGCCCGGAGGCUUCCCGGGGGCCAACAGCCCAGGACCUGUCGCCGAUCUCUAUGGCCCUGCCAGCCAGGACUCCGGAGUGGGGAAUUACAUAAGUGCGGCCAGCCCUCAGCCGGGCUCGGGCUUCGGCCACGGCAUAGCUGGACCUUUGAUUGCAACGGCCUUUACAAAUGGAUACCAUUGAGCGGGUGCUUUCGUUACCAUCUCACUGAGAGCAUACCUGGAUGUCCAGGCAAGACUGGGCGAAGUUUCUGAGCGGCCCUUUGUUUAGGUGAUGUCAUCAGACCUGGACCCCCACCAGCCUCACUCCUCAUCCCAACCAGAGAUGGCUCGCUUCGGAUCGAGGGUUGACUCCAUCUUAUCAUCUCACAGAUCUGCUGUAAUAUAAGACAACAGCUUUUAAAUGUGUAUAUAACC